AUGGUCAUUUGUGAGAAAAAUAAAAUGGACCCUGUUCCCAUGGAAAAUUAUCUUUCCCCUACAGAUGUUCUUGAGCAACUGGAAAGAGAAAAGGUGAUAAUCAAUCAUAAAAGAGAAACUGAUGCUAAUUCAGGUGUCUGGAAGUCUCUUUCUGCAGCAGAUACAGGUUUGCCUAGUGGUGCACUGAGGGAUCUUUCCCCAGUGGACCAAACCUCCUCACCUUGGGAAGAUGCACUUUCUCUAGAUCUAGAAUUCUUGCCUGACAACCCGUUACAGACUGUCCUUGAAGAUAACAGAGUUGAAUUUCCACUAAAGCAGCCAUUUUCUGUGGAUAGUAAUUGCAGUCCUUCCAUUCCUGAAAGUGAUCUGUAUCCUGAAAGAGAACGGCGUCCAAAGACACCAGUCCCAAUCAUUAAUAUAUCUUACUCAAACAAGCUGCAACCCAGGGUUGAGAUGAUGGAGGGAGAUUGUGAUCCCACGAAAGAGGAAGAUGCAACAGAUGUUGUUUGUGGUCUGAUUAUUGAGCUCUCUAAUCUCAAUCGACUGAUAAUGAACACCCACAGGGAUCUGGAGUCUUUAAAGAGAUUGAAGUACAGAAAAAGCAGACAAUCCGGAAGGUUUAUUGCUCAUGCCCUGAAGGGAGCGACAAAUACUCUGUACUAAGUAAAAAAUGGAAGGCGCUCUAGGACUGUGCAUCAAAUCAGAGCUACAUAGCAGCAUUGCUGGGUUUAAUAGUCAGAGGUUUUGUUCUGGUGUUGCUUUUACUCUCCUACAUUUGGCAUUUUGAACCUUUUUCUUAUUUACACUCAGGGCCCUGGACACCACUCUAGCCAUGGUAAGGCUCCUUUUCACUGGCAGAAUGUAGUAAAUGAGGCUGAAUUAUAAAUGAGACUAAGGCCCAGUGGCUUAGAACCAAAUGCUUGCUGGCUACUGGCUGAUUGCAGUACAGGAAUAUCCACUCAUCUCCUGCCUCCCCAAAAGGCACAUAUACAGAUUUCAAAAAACAGUUGUAUGCUCAAAUUCUGGUUGUAAACCCUUGGUCUUUCCCUUCCAACCUUGUCCAGACUAGAGGUUAAAGGUGAAAUGUUGAGCCAUUCUAGCUACCAUGUUUGAAAAAGUCUAGUGUAGACAAGGCAGCAUAUACAUGCUAAACUGUUCAAGGUAAACCCUAAUCUCCCCACUGAAGACUUCACCUCAAUCAGUUUAGCAUGUGUUUGAAGUCCCAGACUUUGGAAAAUACCUUUCAUCCACUUCUGUUAUGGAGCUCUUGCAGAGCAGGCUUUCUUCAUGUUUUCAGGGAAAACCAGAACUGACGUGCUUUUUUCAGUCCUAUGACCCUGCAACAGCCUGGAUUUGUGCAGUAUUAUUUUGAUAUAAAUUAUGCAGAAAACAUUGGCCCUUGAAUAAAAAGUGA